AGCGGAGCCCCAGAGGCUGUUGCUACUACGGAUCCUGCUGUAGCUACAGAUAGCGCUGGAGCCAUGGAUGGUUCGCAUGAGAUCGAUGAUCUGGCCCGUGAUGGUGCCUCCGUAUCUGAUGCGGAUGUGCCAAGUGACGGUGUUGUAUUCGCGCCUGCGAAUGAGGUCAUUCCGGUCUCCCUGGGUAGCGAAGCUGCUUCUAUAGACAGCCAUAAGCAGUUCUUUAGAGGCGACAGAUGA